AUGCCUCAAGCCUCGAAGGAAUUCAGUCCUCGAUAUGCGACACUGCUUUCCGCCGCACAAUACGCAGGUUUAGGAGCGGGUGCUGUUAUCUUUGGGCUUAUUGCUGAUUUUACUGGCCGUCGUCUGGCGUGGCAGACAUCUAUCUUUGGAGUGUCUGUCUUUACUGCCAUCUGUGCCGCCUCACCCAACUGGGCUGCGUUGAAUGUUUUUGUUGUGCUCUCUGCUUUCUUUGGCGGCGGGAACCUGGCAAUUGACCUUACAGUUCUUGCAGAGUCUCUACCACGCAAGUGGGCCUUCCUCCUUACCUCUCUUGCAUGUCUCUGGGGCCUAGGAAAUGCUAUCACUGGACUGAUAGCCUGGCCACUUGUAGUGAACUUUUGUUGUCCAGCUGGCGCUACUCCAGAAACAUGUACCAAAGCAAAUAAUAUGGGAUGGCGAUAUCUGUAUAUCAUCCUUGGGGGAUUAUGUCUCGCCAUGUCAAUUCUGCGCACUUUUGCGCUGGGAAUGAGCGAGUCGCCUAAGUGGCUUGUAUCACGGGGAGAGUUGAACGAAGCAGUGGCAUCCAUCAAUACAAUCAGCAAAGUCAACAAAUCAACGUAUGUGAUGAUGGUUGAUCAGUUGCGUCCUCAUGAGCUGGAAGACUCUAAGAGCGCCUUCAAGAAAGUCGUCUCCAUGGUGGGCGCAUUAUUUGAUGGCUCGAAGCAGAUUCGUUCAAUGAUAUGCUUGAUCAUUCUAUGGCUACUUAUCGGCAUUGCAUAUCCCGUUUAUACGGUGUUUCUCCCAUAUUACCUUGAAGCGCACGGAGCCACAUUAGGCGAUGGAAGCACUUAUCAGACCUACCGCGACUGGUCUAUCUCUUCGGUAGUCGGAAUCUGGGGACCGAUUCUAAGUGCCUUCCUUGUGCAGGUGCCCUUCCUCGGACGUCGACGCUCAAUGACGCUGACAGCCUGCGCUUCCGCCGCCUUCGCGGGCGCCUUCACCACCGUCAAGACCGAGCCACAGAAUUUGGCUUUUUCCAGCAUGAUUAACUUUUGGCUCAAUGCGCUGUACGGCAUCAUUUAUGGAUAUACGCCGGAAGUCAUGCCAGACGCAUAUAGGGGCAUUGGCUGUGGACUAACGCUCGCCUGUGGCCGGAUUGCUUCUCUUUCUGCCCCAUUCAUCGCGACCUUCGGGGAUGUUACGACGGCUGUGCCUAUCUGGGUCUGUUGUGCAUUCUUUGUGGUUAUCGGAAUUGUGUCACUGGCUUUGCCGUUCGAACCGGGGGAUUUAUGA